AUGCCCAGUGGUUUCAAUACCAGGGUGGACAAUGAAGGCUACUAUAAGAUUUUGGAGGUGGGGAAGACAGUGGACGCGGGCUCGAUCACCAAGGCCUACCGCAAGCUGGCGAAGAAGAAGCACCCAGACAAGGGCGGGGACCCGGAGGAGUUCAAGGCCCUGGCGGAGGCGUACGAGGUGCUGAGCGAUCCCGAGAAGCGGCGGCUCUACGACCAAGUCGGGAAGGAGGGGCUGCAGGCCGGGGGCGGGGGGGCGGGGAUGGACCAGAGCAGGCAGCAGGCCGACUUGUUUCGGUCGUUCUUUGGGAGGUUUAGCCAACCCCAGCCUGUUCGGAUGCGCGACGUUGUGUACGAGAUGGAGGUUACCCUCGAAGAGCUUUGUAACGGCGGCGAGAAGAAAGUGAGGAUCUGGAGCGAGGUGCCCUUGGAAGGGGGGCGCACGGAGAGGGUGGCCAGGGACAUAGAGAUUGGCCUCACGGCAGGGAUGACUACGGGUACUCGAAUAGUCAUGGAGGGGGGGGUGGACCCCAUAGAGGAGGGAAUCCAGCCCGGGGAUCUUGUGUUCGUGCUGAGGGAGACUAGACAUCGCACCUUCCGGAGACUGACGGGGGAAUCGCCCCACCUCACUGCCGACAUCACGGUAACUCUCGCAGAAGCGUUGACUGGUUUCGUGCGGCCGAUCAGCCUCGUUGAUGGCCGGACGGUUUUUUUCAAGAGCAAGGAAGGGGAGGUCAUCUCGCCCGGGGCCGUCCGGAAGUUGCCGGGCUGCGGCAUGCCUGUCGGAGAACGACAGAAGGGAGACUUGUAUCUCCGGUUCGUGGUGGAAUUCCCGAGCGAGGAGGCUUCUGCAGCUUGGAGCGAGGAAGAGCGAAAAUCCCUCCAGGACCUACUUCCCCCAAAACCUAAGUUUCCGAAGGAGAAGCCGAAUAACCCGGCCGUUGAGAUCCUUCCCGCGGAACCGAGCGUGGCGAGCCGUUUCAAGGCUGGCUUGUACGAUAAGCCACCAAGAGGCACGUCCCGAGGAGCGGGACAGGGGGGCCCGUGGGGUAGCGGUAGCGCAGGGGGGGGGAUGGGCAACCCGUUCGGCUUCUUUGGCCUGUAG